AAUGCCAACGAUCCACGAUAUGUAGAGAGCGGCUGCAGUCCGAUUCUGCCAGUUCAAACCGUAGUCCAUCGGAAAUGCACACCAUAUUGCAAAUGCCAAUGUCAUCACUACUCUAGGCUACAGACACCGACAUGGCUACGCUUGAUAUUUGGGACCCUCUUCCUCGAGUAUAACAACAAAUCAUUGCUGGGGCCCAGAAAAUGCGACCUUCAGGACUGUGCUGGAGCACCAGCUACGUCGCGGAUGAUAUACAUCUUCCCCAGAUGGCUACUCUUACGUGCCCUCUUUGUUGCUGCUUCUCGGGAAAGUCUAACCGGAGUUGGCUCUUCGAUUCGCCUCCGUAUGCCACGACUGAUUCCGCGAGAUGUCAUGAUAUCGAGUGUGUACCACUCCGACAUCGAUUGGAUAAAACGAGGAAUCAUCAACUCAACUGUACUACCUACUGAUGUAGAUGAAGAUGGGAACUCUCUUCUGAUGAUAUCGCUGCGCGACGUCAACUUGACCCUUUCAGGAUUCCUGGUCGAGCAAGGGUGGCCGUUACAUGCCGAGAAUGUUACUGGCUGUCCCAUUUUGACCUUUCUCAGGACCGCUGCUACCCGCUCUCGCAUGCUCUAUUAUGCCGCGAAGCAAAGCCAGAUACAGUCUCUCAAGCCCGAGCAUGGUCGGAUGCUUGAGAAACUGACGUUCUCCCAAGAGGUUGAGACAUCAUCCUUGAUUCACGAUGCAAUGCUCGGGACCGUCUCGACAUCUUUGUCAGACGCAAUCACACUAGCCCGGUCUGACAUCGAUAGCUUGGAUGGCUACGGAUGGUGUCCACUGCACUGGGCAAUCUAUCUGGCCGAUUACGCUUCAUUUGAUUUGCUGUUGUAUCGUGGUGCCAGCCUCGAGACGGCUACCAGGAGUGGGUGGACACCUCUGCAUUACGCAGCGCGGUAUGAACUUACUGGUUCGGUGAGGAUGACUCAAGCACUCCUCGACGCUGGUGCAGAUAUUGAUGCCCAG